UAUGGCGUUCCCUCCCUUCCCCGCCUACCCUUACGGUCAUCUCCCUGGUAUCUACCUGGGCCGUGGCGGAGGUCGGGGGCGUGGUGGAGGCCGUGGCAACUAUGACUGGCACAACUGGGGCGGAUGGACUGAGGGAAGUGGUGGAGCUCAGAACUGGCAAGGCGGUCGGGGUGGACAGUCUUCCUGGAUGGGCGGAUAUGACGGUUGGGGCGGAUCCCAGGGCGGAGCAGGUGGUCAGGCUCGAGGAUGGGUAGGAACAAGUCCAAGCCAUGGGUCUGGAGGUCGGGGCGGGGGCGGAGAUAAACGAGCCCCAUCCUCACCCCGUAACCAGAGAUACGAGGAGUAAGCAGUUAACUUCUCGUGUUUGCUGUGUAGCUGUCAGAGUAACAGAUUCGCCGACAGCUUAACAGCUGUUGCUUCUACGAGUAACAGCUUCCCCGGUGACAGACAGCUAAUGCUGAAUCUGUACAACUGUGAGAGUUAUACAGCUGCUACCCUGUGCUCGCUAUGUACCUAAUCUUAUGUACGGUUCUUGACAACUGAAGUACAUGUACUCCGUGCAUAUAUCUAUGUACUCGGUGUACAGAUACAUGUACUCGGUGCACUAUGGAACCUGUUUCAGUACAAAACGUUCCUCUACUGAGUUCUAUAAAGAUGAUUGUUAUGAAUAUUUAAAUCUAUAAAAACGGUGAUACUUUGACGUGAUAUAUUGAGAUAUCUUGUAUAUUUUUCUACUAUCCCAUAUAUACUAUCAGAAGGACCCAGGGGAAGAGAAGCCCACCAGUGCCAUUUUUUAUAGUAAACGGCUUUUUUUCUCCCCUAGGCCUCCUGAAACUGGAUCUAAGAGGGGCAAGCUGUUUGUUUCGGGAGAAAUAAAACUGUCUUUAAGUCCAGUAUUUUGUUUCCGGUAGAAAUAAAACUGGUUUUAAGUCCAGCAGUUGUUGUUGUUGCUCACGUUAAAACCUAAGAAAAAUUAAAGAACCAACGAAAUCUGCCGAAUUUAUUAAAUAAAAAGUUUUUGAAGAUCAAUUUGAGACCAAACCUUCUCUCUCAUGGCAGCAGAAUUCUAGCAACCUAUCAUCCUGUUUAUACAAUUUCAAAGAUUAAACGAAUAUCUGACAAAAUAAUGAUUUUCUAAAAAGAUAUCUCAUAGCAGUAGCCAGAGCACAGAAUAGCAUUAAAAUAAUUUUAGUGGAUUUAUGUCUAUUUAAUCAAAAGCAUGUUGAAAAUUCGUAAUUUGAUGUGGAAUCAUCUGUGACUACAUGUUCACUCAUAACAUAUAAACUUAUUUAAUCACCAAAAAUAAAACUAAUUUUUUUAAAAUUAAAUGAAAAAAUCUACAAAAAAAAGCUUAGUCACGGAUGAGCCCAACCCCAUUUAAUGUUUAAAUUCGCCAUAGUUUUAACCAAUUCUUGACGGUUUAAUUAUUUUUUGAAAAUUGAUCAAUUCCUCGCACUUAAUCAAUCAAUCAAGUAUCUUAGAGAUGAGUGAUCAAUCACUGAUUAAUAUUGAUAAUUCUAGAUUGUUGAUCAUGUGCAGGAAACUUAGUGUGUGCUAUGCUAUAUUUGAUAUCCUGAAUCCUAAAUUGAAUUUUUGUAUCCUUGGAUUCGAUUUUGUAUCUUUAAUUGGAUUUUGUAUCCUUGGAUUCGAUUUUUACACUUUCAGCCGCAGGAUUGUAACCAUGUAUCCAUGUAUACUGGUAUAGCUGAAUACGAAUGAAAGAUUUGGAUAUUUGAGACUUUUCAGGCUUCAUAUUUGUGUGUUUAAAAAAUAUUUAAAAAAUUCAAAAAAAAAAAUUCUAAAAAAUAGCUAUACCUUAUAUUAUGUAUGUAUCGAAGAGAAGGGUUUGAAAUAAUUUAAAAAGAAAUAUUUGAUUUGAAAAUGAGCACCACCAGUUUAUAUUGUAAUCAUGAAAAAUUGUUAAGAUUUGAAUAAAAUCUGACGCAGUGGA